AAAUUUCUCAUGGUGGAAGAAACAACGGUUAGCGCGUGUGAAAAGCAAAACAAAAAAAUAUAAAUAAUUUUAAAUAUAUGUAAAAACCAAUAAAUAUAUACAUAAAUAAAAAUCAUUUCGUACGAUUUAAUAUUAACAAACAAACGAAGUGUGUGCGUGCGUGUUUGCUUGCUUAAUGUAAAAAUUGCUGUUGCAAAGUUUGAUUUGUUUGUUUUUGUUCAAAAAGGCCAAAGAGAAGAACCACCUACCUCUCUUACUCCCCCACACAAAAUAAUUGAAAAAAUUCGAUGAAAUAACAACAAAUGAAGCAAAAUCAUAGAGGAAAAAAACAAAAAUAAACAAAUUCAAAUGAAUUAUCAGUGGAAUUCAAGUGUAUGGAAAUCAGUUUAAAGGUGUUGUUAUCAAAUUGAAAAAAGCAACAACAAUAACAGCAAUAAUAAAACAAGUGCAAAAAUUCAAACAAAAUAUACACAAAACGAAAAACACCCUCUAAAUUUGAAAAAAAAAAAAUAAAAUCAAAAGAAGAAGCAGCAUUGGCAGUGGUAAAUUCAAGCAAAAGGGGGUUGUUUUUGUGAAAACAAAAAAAAAAAUUGUGUGGUGUUUAGUUUGUUGGUGUUGUUUUUUUGUGUGUCAGUCUCAAACUAGCCUGCCUGCCUGCCUGUCUGUCAGUCCAUAACAUAAAGUGGAAUAAUUGAGUCAGCCAGCCAGUGGAUACCCAGAGUCUGAUAUCAUCGUCGAAAUUUUUGUGACAGAGUUUGCUCCCCCAUCCGACCACAUUUUGUUUAUUUCCUGGUGAAUACAGUGGGCCAUGCGUGAACUCGGUUCAAAAAUGGCCGAGCUUAAAUUCGAGGCUCCUCUGGCAAAAAUGGAUGAAACCGAUGAUUGGGCCGGUUGCGAUUUCAUUUCCAAUCAGAACACCAUCAAUGACUCAUUGAAUUUGAAUCUCAAGGAUCCAAUGAUUGCCCAGGAGAAUAAAAUCCGUUUGUUGGAGGAGGCCGUUAGGGAUGCACAUGUCAGCAAAAAUGGUGGAGGCUAUCCAACGGCCGCCGUUGGCAAUGGUACAAUUAGUCCCAAUUGCAAUACCAUGCUAAGCAAUGAAAUGACCACAGCAUUGGAUGCGGCCAUGGAUUCGAAGAGUCUGGUGGAUGCCACCGACAAUUUCAGUGAGGCAUUCGGCGGUAGCCUCGAAGAUUUGGUCAAUACAUUCGAUGAGAAAAUCACCAAAUGUUUUGGCAAUUUCGAGGAAAAUGUGGAGGCGCUGGCGCCCGUACAAGUACGCAGUCAGGAUGAGAUCAUGAAUGAAUGCCAAAUGUGGUGGACUAUUACUGGCAAUUUUGGUAAUAUUUUACCCAUUGAUUGGUCCAAAUCAUAUACACGUAAAAUGCAUAUGCCUACCUUGAAUUUAGGUCAGAAUACCAACAACAAACAAGGAGGUUCCUCAGAUGUCCAAACGCCAGCCGAUGAUUUGAACAGUGAAGAUGAAGCCAUUGCCAAUGAUUUGGAUAUGCAUGCCUUGAUUUUGCAUGGCCUCAACAAUGAGCCGGAGGAGCCGAUCAAAAGUGUCGAGGAGGUUAUCAAGGAAAUUGAAUAUAUUAUCGAUGAGGCCGAGAGUCCCACAGAUGAGGCCACCACAUGUGAGUCUGAGGUGAUGGAAAAGGCCAAGGAGGUAUUGGGGGCACCUCUCUAUGCGGAAAAAUUGCAAUACCUCUCAAUCAACCAGUUAAAUGAGCUAUACAUGGAAAUGGAGGUAUUGAUCCAGGAGCUAAGUGAGACCCUCAUCAAUGAAUUGGCAUUGCGCGAUGAAUUGGAAUUUGAAAAGGAAUUGAAGAAUUCAUUCAUUUCAAUACUGCUGGCAGUACAAAACAAACGUCGCCAAUAUCAUGUGGAAAAGAAGAGGGGUAAAUUCCAGGGACCCGAGCCGAAAUAUUUGACCACAGUCAUACCCUAUACCAUGGAGAAUGGCACACCAAAUAAUCAAAAUCUACAGUUCCUCUCUUCAGUCUUAAAAGCCAUCAACGAGGAUAGCCCCACGGUGCCCACUCUCUUAACAGAUUACAUUUUGAAGGUCCUUUGCCCCACAUAAAUGAAGAAGAUACCGGCAGGCGGCAAGAAAGCAAGCAAAGCAUAUUUCCCCCUUAAAAGGAAUAGCAUUAAUAGAAGCAUAAAACCAGCAACAAAUUAAUCCAAAAAACACAAGAAACUAGUUUUAAGAUUUAUUAUUAUUAUUUUUUUAAAUUAAAUUUAUUCCCCAUCUUUUUAAGAAAAAGAAAAGAAAUGAGAUUUUUUUUUUGGUCUAGAGAAUAGUAACUAAUUUAAUUAUACAAACAAACCAACAAAAAAAUCAUAAAGAAAAAUAUAUAAAAAAUCAACUUCGAAAAAGAUAAAAGAAAAACAUUUGUUAUAUUUAAAACUCUGAAGAAAUAAUAAGUAAUCUUAAGAAUAUGAUGUAUAUUGGAAUUGGAAGGGAAGCCAACUUUGUAGAAAAUUUAAAUCUGAAUUAAUUUUUAAAAAGUUCUACUGAAGAAAACAUUGUAAAAUAGCCGUUGUCAUGGCAACAAAUUGAAGAAAGUUUCAAAUUUAAUUGAUCCCAAAUUUUGCUUUUUUUCUUGUAACAAAUCAUGGUAGAUCCUUGAUUAAGAAAUGAAAGAGUCUAAUAUUUAACUUGCCAUGGUCUAUAUUGGCCUAUUUCUCCAAAAAAAAUGGAAAUUUUGCCACAUUUAAAAGACUCGGAAACGUCCAAAUUUGGCAAAUAAAUAUAGUAAUUUCCAAGGCCUAUAACUUCCAUCAUACUGGCUAUAUCCUAAAUAAUUGAAUUGAUUUUGAAAGAAGAAUGUCAGAGCUAUAAGUCCAUAUACAUUUUUAACUGUAACUUCUCAAGCACCCAAGAUAUCGUAAAAAUUGAAAAGUGCCUCAUUUGUUUAAAAGUUUUGUUUAGUCAUUUGCCAAAGACCAUAACUCUUAAAGUAAUGGGUCCAUCUUAAUCAAAUGAAAUGUUUGUGAAAGAGAAGUGUACGAACUUUAUAUCCAUGUAAUUUUUCUUCCUGUAACUGAUUAAAUACCCGAGAUAUCGUAAAAAUCAAAAAGUAUAUAUUUCUGA